AUGGAGACUCGCAGUGAGAAUAAAACACUUAGGGAGAGGAACCGAGCCACGGACAGAGUCUUACAGCGACAAGUGAUUAAGACACUCGAUGCUCAGUCUCAGGAGGAACUCAAGAUGUUCGGGGAAGCUGCUUGUUUGGUGGAUAUUGGUGGAAAACCAAUGGUGGUGUAUUGGUGGAUGGUGCAACUGAUCAUAGAAGGAGUUUCAUUAGCAGGAAUUCCACCUUGGUCGUGCCCUCAGAAUUGUACGUGCUUACAUGAGGCCCUCAAGGUCAACUGCUCCUCAUGUCACUUAAAAUUUGUACCAGAGGGUAUCCAUAAGAACACACAAAGUCUCAGUCUGGCCAAUAAUCUACUGAAUACACUUGGAAAACAUCAGUUCUCUGAUCUUGACCAGCUUCAGGAACUGGAUUUGAGUGAAAACAUGCUAACAGUGAUUGAAGUACAAGCAUUCUCUGGCUUGCAAAACCUUCUCACUCUUAGAAUUUCCCAAAACCGGCUUAAGGUCAUUCUAGUCGGAGUGUUCUCUGGACUUCAGAGUCUCCGCCUGCUGGACAUCAGCAAGAAUGAAAUCCUUGUCUUUCUCAAUGACAUGUUUUAUGAGACGCCAUCUCUACAAAAGCUGGAAGUAAAUGAGAAUGAUCUUGUCUUUAUUCAAAACCGUGCCUUUAGUGGCCUGUUACACCUUCAGGAACUUAGAAUGGACGGCUACAACCUUACUUCAGUGCCAGGUGAGGCACUGUCACAGCUUCCCAGGCUGGUCCGGUUGUGUUUUUGUCACACUGGUCUGAGAAUGCUUCCUAACAAUUCAUUUAGGCAUCUGACACAGCUCAGAGAGCUUACAGUGUCCUACUGGCACAGACUGGACACUCUUCUACCUAACAGCUUGACUGGACUGAACCUCACUUCUCUGACUCUUAGCUACUGCAACCUGAGCUCUGUGCCAUAUGCUUCCUUGCAUCAUCUCGCCUAUCUGCUUUACCUUGACCUGUCUUACAACCCUAUCACCUCCAUCGAGGCACAUCUGCUCCGAGAUCUUCUGCAGCUCCAAGAGUUCCAUUUGGUUGGUGGGAAUCUGCAUAGGGUGGAAGUAGGUGCUUUUCGUGGCCUUUUUCACAUAAAGCUAUUUAAUGCAUCAUUAAAUCAACUGUCAACAUUGGAAGAGACUGUGUUCCAAUCAGCAGUGACACUUAAGAUACUUCGUCUGGACAGGAAUCCACUUGCUUGCGACUGCAGAUUAUUUUGGGUGCUGCAACGUCAUCUGCAUCUACAUGAUGAUGGCCAGCCAUCCAGUUGUGCCUCACCUCUACAUGUGCAGGGAAGAACAUUCAAGGAGUUCACAGAGGCUGAGCUUCCAGUUUUGUUCAUUUGUAGCCCAGCACGUAUACUAAACCGCAAGAAGCAGGAGGUGCGUGUGUCCGUGGGCCAAUCAGUCCUGUUCCUCUGCCAAGUGGAUGGAGACCCUACCCCCUCUGUCAUCUGGGUGAAUCCUCAGCGGACACUUCUGUCCACCACAGGUCGGAUCCGUGUGCUAUCCAAUGGGACUCUUGAGGUGCGUUACGUACAAAUGCAAGAUAGUGGCAUCUACUAUUGCUUCGUAUCCAAUGUGGUAGGGAAUGACAGUAUUUCUGUCAGUCUGUCUGUGCGAAGUUUUGUCGCUUCUUCUUCUUCCUCGUAUCGGAAUCGAUCUGCCCGCUUCUUUCUUGAUGGGUGGAGUUUUACAUCCACCCAUCCACCAGGAAAUGGCUCACAUGAUUAUCAGCCAUUUCCAUUUGACCUAAAAACACUGUUAGUUGCAGUAACAAUUGGUUUCCUGUCAUUCCUGAGCUCUGUGGCAGUUUGCUUUGUAUUCAUGUUCUUCUGGAGUCAGAGCAAAGGGCAGAUCAAACACACAGCUACCAUUGACUUUGUACCUCACAGUACAGACACUGGAUCUGGGGGAGGACGGACCAGAAUGGAGACUGGCAGGUUUACCAUGAAGCUCAUCUGAUAC